AUUAAGCCUGUGAUGCUAGAAAAAAACCACCCUCUCAUUAAACUUUCAAAUUUCUGAAUUUUCGAUACCCAAAGAUUUGAUUUUUAUUUUUUAAUUUUUUUUUUUGUUUUUCCUUUCUCAGCCUCCUCUUGAGGGUUUGGUUGCAUUAUUAUUAAUUUUUUUUUAUUGAUAUAUAAAAGAUAUUUUUAUCUACCCCUUCCCACCCCUUUGAGAAAAUCUUCUCCAGCCACUUUAUCUCUCUUUCCUUAUCUGUGUCUCUUCAUGUUCUCCUCUUGAAAGAACCUAAAGUUUUCGGCUUGCUUGAAGAGACCCUAAGAGAGAGAGAGACAUGGUGGCUGUUUUACCGACUAAAGGGCUUCUCUCUCUGCCCCCAAACCCCAAAACUAGGGCUUUACUACCUUCACAGGGUUUAAAGCAUAGAAUUUUCUCAGUCAAGCCCAGAGCCCUUGGUGGGAUUUCUUUACAAUCAUCAAACGAGUUCCAAAAGUUUCAAGGUGUUGUCUCAAAGACUCAUGGGUUUGGUACAAAGGACGGAAAUUUAUUCAUAUGCAAGGCUGAAGCCGCUGCUUCAUCACCAGCUGAGGGGCAGCCCUUGUUUGAAGAAACUGAGAAGGCCAAGUUCUUGGGUCUUGAGGUUACAACUAUUAAGAAGAUUAUACCACUUGGGCUCAUGUUCUUCUGUAUCCUUUUUAAUUACACAAUCCUAAGAGACACAAAGGACGUGCUGGUUGUGACGGCUAAAGGGAGUAGUGCAGAGAUUAUACCAUUUCUGAAGACAUGGGUGAAUUUGCCCUUGGCUAUUGGGUUUAUGUUGUUGUACACAAAGUUGGCUAAUGUGUUGUCUAAGCAGGCUCUCUUCUAUACUGUAAUUGUCCCCUUCAUCGCCUUUUUUGGUGCAUUCGGGUUUGUCCUGUAUCCUCUCAGCAACGCUAUCCACCCUCAGGCGCUUGCUGACAAGCUUCUCAAUGAUCUUGGUCCAAGGUUCCUCGGCCCGCUUGCAAUUUUCAGGAUAUGGAGCUUUUGUUUGUUCUAUGUCAUGGCUGAAUUGUGGGGAAGUGUGGUGAUUUCGGUGCUGUUUUGGGGGUUUGCUAAUCAGAUUACAACCGUUGAUGAAGCAAAAAGAUUCUAUCCAUUGUUUGGGCUUGGGGCAAAUGUUGCUCUCAUUUUCUCAGGCCGAACGGUGAAGUAUUUCUCUAAUUUGAGGAAAAAUUUGGGUCCUGGAGUUGAUGGUUGGGCUAUUUCCCUGAAGGGUAUGAUGAGCAUUGUGGUAUUAAUGGGGUUAGCAAUCUGUUUCUUAUACUGGUGGGUGAAUAGAUCUGUUCCUCUUCCAACCCGCAGCAAGAAGAAGAAGGAGAAGCCCAAAAUGGGGACAAUGGAGAGCUUGAAAUUUUUGGUGUCUUCAAGAUACAUUAGAGAUCUCGCCACUUUGGUUGUUGCAUAUGGUAUUAGCAUCAAUCUCGUUGAGGUUACAUGGAAAUCAAAGCUCAAAGCUCAGUUUCCGAGUCCAAAUGAGUACUCGUCCUUUAUGGGUGACUUCUCAACUGCCACUGGAAUUGCAACUUUCAUAAUGAUGUUGUUAAGUCAAUUUAUUUUUGACAAAUAUGGAUGGGGAGUUGCUGCUAAGAUCACACCUACAGUCCUACUCCUGACAGGAGUUGGUUUCUUUUCUUUGAUAUUGUUUGGUGAUCCACUUGCACCUGGUCUUGCCAAGAUUGGGAUGACUCCUCUUCUUGCUGCUGUCUAUGUGGGUGCAAUGCAGAACAUUUUCAGCAAGAGUGCUAAGUACAGCUUGUUUGACCCUUGCAAGGAGAUGGCAUACAUCCCCUUAGAUGAGGACACAAAGGUUAAAGGAAAGGCAGCCAUUGAUGUUGUCUGCAACCCAUUGGGGAAGUCUGGUGGUGCUUUGAUUCAGCAGUUUAUGAUUUUAACCUUUGGGUCACUUGCAAAUUCAACUCCUUACCUAGGAGGUAUACUUCUGGUGAUUGUACUUGCUUGGUUGGGAGCGGCCAGGUCCUUGGAUACCCAGUUUACUGCUCUGCGCCGGGAAGAGGAGCUUGAGAAAGAGAUGGAAAGAGCAGCAGUUAAGAUCCCAGUUGUGGCUCAGGAGGAAGGUGGAAACGGUUCUCUUGCCGCUGGUUCUGCACUGAAUCCAACAGCGGGUGACUCCACUGGAUCCUCGACUCCCCGAAAUGUUUAAUAAAACAUCACUUCCAUUGAAAUCGCCAAGCGAGGACCAAUAAGCGGAGCUGAUGAGAGAAUGAGCGUUAGGGGUGCAUUACCUGUGGUAGGAUUUUACUGCACUUGAAAAAAAAAAAUAAGUAUGCUAGUGACUUUAUAAAGCCAGUUUUUCCAUAGAUAACGAGGUUACUGUAAUUUUAGUAGUUUCAAAAUAUAUUUUGUAGUAUUGCAUUGAAUUUAUAUUGUUGGAGUAAACUUUUUAAAAAUUUCAUUUUUUUAUUAUAAUAAUUAAUAUUUAUCGCUAA